AAACAUCCAAUAGAAAAAAAUAAGAAAGUGACAUUCUUCUUUUGCGACUCAUACACGAAUGAGGAUACGACUACCAAGAAGGACACAAUACGCGCAGCAAAAGCGAGUGCGCAAUUUUUGGGCCUGUCGUCGACUGCUUAUCGGCCAUGUGCCACCGCAGCCGCAAAGGAUACGCCAGACAGUAUUAACAACGCAUUGAUAGGAGUAGGCGGACGAUUCGGUUUUGUUUUUCCUACUGGGAGUGGGCCUGGGCUUCGGAUCGAGUCCGCAAUUAAUCGACGACAGCUAGCAUGUUGCAGGGCGUUGCCAUCGCCAUCGCCAACGACAGCAUCGAUGAUGGCCUCAAUCAAUCAUUCAUGGCUCAUGUGUCGCCCAGUCCCAAUCAGGAUCCCGCCAUCGCCACCGCCACAUCCGCCAUGCCCAAUCCCAGCGAGAGCCCCGAGCUGUUGCUGCUGCUUCUAACACAAUUCGCCCAUAUGAUGAACAUAACGACCGAGAAUCUCUCAAACCUGCUGGGCUCCACGAACGGCACAAAUGCGAGCACAAUGGCAGCGGAUUCGUCGGCCGUCGAGUCCCUGACCCUGCGAACCGCCUUCACCGUUUGCUAUGCCCUCAUUUUUGUGGCCGGCUUGCUGGGUAAUCUUAUCACCUGCAUUGUGAUUUCCCGGAAUAACUUUAUGCACACGGCCACCAAUUUCUAUCUGUUCAACUUGGCGGUUUCCGACCUGAUACUGCUGGUCUCAGGCAUUCCCCAGGAGCUGUACAACCUAUGGUACCCGGAUAUGUACCCCUUCACGGACGCCAUGUGCAUCAUGGGCAGUGUGCUCUCGGAAAUGGCCGCAAAUGCAACGGUCCUUACCAUCACGGCCUUCACUGUAGAGCGAUACAUUGCCAUCUGCCAUCCCUUUUCGCCUAAUCUUUCCGUCAUUUGUAGGCAGCACACCAUGUCAAAAUUGUCGCGCGCCAUUAAAUUUAUAUUUGCCAUUUGGCUGGCGGCCUUCCUUUUGGCCCUUCCCCAAGCCAUGCAAUUUUCGGUGGUCUUCCAGAACGACGGAUACUCCUGCACGAUGGAGAACGACUUCUAUGCCCACGUGUUCGCCGUCUCGGGAUUCAUUUUCUUCGGCGGACCCAUGACGGCGAUUUGUGUGCUCUACGUUCUGAUCGGGGUGAAACUCAAGAGGAGCCGCCUGCUGCAAUCGCUACCGCGGAGGACCUAUGAUGCCAAUCGGGGCCUCAACGCCCAGGGACGAGUCAUCAGAAUGUUGGUAGCUGUAGCCGUCGCCUUCUUCCUCUGCUGGGCUCCCUUCCACGCCCAGCGCCUGAUGGCCGUUUACGGCCUGAACCUGAUUAAUAUUGGCAUCAGUCGGGACGCUUUCAACGAUUACUUCCGGAUACUUGAUUACACUUCCGGGGUGCUCUACUUCCUCUCCACCUGCAUCAACCCGCUGCUGUACAACAUCAUGAGCCACAAGUUCCGCGAGGCCUUCAAGAUCACUCUUACAAGGCAAUUUGGACUGGCCAGGAACCACCACCACCAGCAGAGCCAGCACCACCAGCACAACUACAGUGCUCUGCUGCGGCAGAAUGGAUCGAUGCGGCUGCAACCGGCCAGUUGCAGUGUGAACAACAACGCCCUGGAGCCCUACGGAUCCUACCGGGUGGUGCAGUUCCGCUGCCGGGAUGCCAGCCACCAGUUGUCGCUGCAGGACAGCAUUCGCACCACCACGACGACCACCACGAUUAACAGCAGCAGCAUGGGAGCGGGAAAUGGAGUUGGAGGUGGCCGACGCCUUCGGAAGCAGGAGUUCUAUGGCCCGGUUCCGGGCACCGCAGUGCCCCAUCGAAUGCUGCAGGCCCAGGUGUCCCAGCUCUCCUCCCUGGGCGAUGCCAACUCGCUUCUGGAGGCGGAGGUGGUGGACAAACACUACUCCGCGGGCAGGGCCAAACGGGCACUUUUGGCCACCAAAAGUGGGGCCCUACUGGUGACCCCACCCCAAGGCGCUGACCCAUCGGAACUCACCCAACCAGCCACUCGUCUCAAGCUGUCGAGGGUGAUUAGUCGCAGGGAUGAGGUGACCAGUGGCACCACUCCGCCCUUUUGUGGAAGCCAUAGUUUGCCGGAUCCGGAGACUUGUCAAUCGGCCUCUGUCGCGGGUCGAAGCUUCCGGAAAUUUCCCUGGCGAAAGCGGAGGCAAAAAACGGAGGAUUCCACAAGCGAGGCCCUGGCCUACGGUUCACCCAAGUCCCAGUGA